AUGGCUGAUGCGGGCAUUGUUAACUGGUCUGAAGAGUUAGAAUAUAACCUUAUUGAGAGGGCACAACCUCCAGAAAAUUCCAUGGCUUAUUUGAUGGAAGAUUCUGGAAAUUCUAUAAAACUGAUCUCAGAUAAUCCGCAGCCAACAUCGCACAAUGAGAAAUCCAAUAACAGACCUAAAAUUAAUAAUAACAAUUCUAAAGAAAAUCUCCAAAAGCCAAAAUUAUGGUCUAGCCUUUUCUCAAAAUUAUCUAGAGGGAAGGCUACUUAUUCUAUAUUCUCACCCCAAACUAAUAUUAGAACAAAAAACAACAACGAUCUGAUCUUUGACAUUCAAGCUAUCAAGAACGUUUCAAUUAAUGAAAUUCUGACCAUACUUCACAGUAAGAUAGGCUCAGAAGUGAUAAAGCAAAGAACACAACAAAAAGAAUCAGACAAUGCUUAUACAGCACCUGACAACACAGAAGCUGAAGAGAAAAGUUGUAUGGACGAAAUAUCAUCCUACGACUCUCAAGAAACAUUAGAAAACAUGAUCCAAGAUGAAUGUACUGAAGAGUCUAACUAUUCAGUUUCCAAGAAAGAUAAAUACUUAGAUCAAUUCUCUAAUAAUUCACCAGAAACUUUAAAUGAAAGCUAUGCAGAAAUGUAUCGGGACAGGUGGAAAGAAUUCCUAUGUCUAACAAUCAUGAGUCAAGCUACUUUACAAUCAAUGAAACUAGUUUGUUGUGAGCUAUGGCAUGGUCCUUCCACAACAACCCCAGCAAUCUGGAGAUUAAAUAUAGGUGAUUUGCAGAAUUCUAAAAUUAGAAAAGAAGUGGAAGAAGAAAUUAAAAGUAUUGAGUCUAGCUCGGACUAG